AUGAGGUUCAGUGCCAAGGUUAAGCUAUUGCUGUGGAAGAACUGGACCCUCCGGAAAAGGCAGAAGUUUCGCUUUUUUGUGGAAAUAUUCUGGCCCUUAUCACUGAUUCUUGUCCUGGUAUGGCUGAGAAAUGCAAACCCAUUGUACGGCCAACAUGAAUGCCAUUUUCCAAACAAGGCGAUGCCUUCGGCAGGGGUGUUGCCAUGGUUACACGGAAUUUUCUGCAAUGCCAACAACCCGUGUUUUAGAAGUCCUACCCAUGGAGAGUCGCCUGGCGUGGUUUCAAACUACAACAAUUCCAUCCUUGCAAGAGCUUAUAAAGAUGCCCAAGAUGUACUUUCGGAGAAGCCUGAAAUACAACAUCUUGGCCGAAUCUGGAAGGAACUGUAUACUAUAUCCAAUUUUAUGGAUACCGUUCGGACUAACCCUGGAAAAGUUUAUGGACGCGGUUUACGAAUCAGAGAGAUCUUGAAGGAUGACGAACUGCUGACCCUGUUUUUGCUGAAAGAUGUUGGACUGUCUGACUCUGUGGUGUACCAGCUCAUAAACGCUCAAGUGCGGGUUGAACAGUUUGCAUUUGGUAUACCGGACCUGUCUCUGAAGGACAUAGCGUGCAGCCAGAGUCUCCUGGAUCGAUUCAUCAUAUUCGGCAGUCGCAGAGGAAUGCAUACAGUGCGUAAUGCAAUGUGUGUCUUGUCCCAGCAGAGGUUACAGAGGAUAGAAGAUGUGCUGUAUGCUAAUAUUGAUUUUUUCAAAGUGUUCGAAAUUCUUCCAACAAUUCUAGACGGCAGUUCCCGAGGGAUUGAUCUCAGAUUUUGGGGAAAAGUUAUCUCUAAUAUGUCAGACUCACUGAGAGAGUUGUCACAGAAAGAAAGUAUCCAGGAUCUUCUGUGGGUUCUGCAGCCUCUUGUACAAGAAGGAGGACCGUCCACCUUUACACAGCUCAUGAGUUCUCUUUCAAACUUGUUUUGUGGUUAUCCGGAAGGUGGUGGUUCUAGAGUGUUCUCCUUUAACUGGUAUGAAGAUAAUAACUACAAGGCUUUCCUGGGAGUCAACUCAACCAAGAAAGAAUCAUAUUACUUAUAUGACAAGACAACCACACCAUUUUGUAAUGCCCUGAUGCAAAGUAUGGAGUCCAACCCUGCAACCAAAAUAGCUUGGAGCGCAAUGAAGCCUUUGCUCAUGGGGAAAAUACUUUACACUCCCGAUGCUCCAGCCAUUCGAGAAAUUCUAAAGAACGCUAAUACUACCUUUGAGCAGCUUGAGCGCUUGAGACAAAUGGGCAAAUCCUGGGAAGAAGUAGGACCUCAGGUCUGGCACUUCAUGCAAAACAGUGUGCAGAUGAGCGUCAUCCGGGAUACUAUCAAAAACCCAACAGUGAAGGACUUUCUCGAACGACAACUUGGAGACAAUGGAUUAACUGCAGAUGACAUAAUUAACUUUCUGUACAAUGGUAAUCCAGAUGCACGACCAGAAGGACAAUCUAAUUUCGAUUGGAGGAAUGUGUUCAAUGUCACUGAUCAUAUUGUGCGGCUCUUUAAUCAGUACAUGGAGUGCUUAACCUUGGAUAAAUUUGAAGGUCACGACGAUGAAUCUCAUUUGACACAUCACUCUCUUUACCUGCUUGAAGAAAACAAAUUCUGGGCUGGUCUUGUGUUCAUGGACAUGUUCCCCUGGACCAGUCAUGUUCCUCCUCAUAUAAGAUACAAAAUCCGAAUGGAUAUUGAUGUAGUGGAGAAAACUAACAAGAUUAAAGAUAGAUAUUGGGACCCAGGACCAAGGGCUGACCCUGUGGAGGACUUCCGGUAUAUCUGGGGAGGCUUUGCUUACCUUCAGGACAUUAUUGAUCAUGGCAUUAUAAAGACUCAGACAAACAACGACUUGCCAACUGGAUUAUAUGUACAACAGAUGCCAUACCCCUGCUUCGUAGAUGAUGCGUUCAUGAUCACACUAAAUCGCUGCUUUCCCAUUUUCAUGGUGUUGUCUUGGAUAUAUUCGAUUUCCAUGCUGGUGAAAGACAUUGUUCUGGAGAAAGAGCUUCGUCUCAAAGAAACCAUGAAGAACCUGGGGGUUACAAAUGAAGUCAUUUGGUUCACAUGGUUCAUAGACAGUUUUAGUGUCAUGACUCUCAGCACCUUUCUCCUCACCGUCGUGAUUGUGGGUGGCGGAGUCCUUCACUACAGCAAUCCCUUAAUCCUGUUCCUCUUUCUGAUGGCUUUCACGCUGUCCACCAUCAUGCAAGGGUUCCUCAUGAGUGUCUUCUUCUCUAAAGCCAACCUGGCAGCCGCCUGCAGCGGCGUUAUUUAUUUCACACUCUACUUGCCGCACAUCCUGUGCUUUGCUUGGCAGGACCGCAUGACCUUCAGACUGAAAACGUUGGCAAGCUUGUUGUCACCUGUCGCAUUUGGCUUUGGGACAGAAUAUUUAUCCAGAUAUGAGGAGCAAGGCCUUGGGUUACAGUUUGGUAACAUAUGGAGAAGCCCGGUUGAGGGCGAUCAAUACAGCUUCUUCUUGUCCAUAAUCAUGAUGUUUUUUGAUGCUUUUGUGUAUUGGAUUUGUGCAUGGUAUAUAGACCACGUGUUUCCAGGUGAAUACGGUAUACCAAGACCCUGGUAUUUUGCACUUUUGCCAACCUACUGGUGCAGUUUUCAGAACCCCUUGGAAGGGGAUGCUGAUUCUAUAGAAACUGAGCUCUCAAUCCAUGAACAUGUGGACGAAACUAACGGAGAUGAAGAAGAUAAACCUGAUGAAGGUCCUCCAGCAGAAGUAAAAGAAGCCCCACCAGAAAAAGUGGAGAAUCCCAAAGACGUCCCUGAUAACAAACUUAUAGACAAAGAUAGAUGCAAACACAAAUCAAAACAAGAAAAGGAGAAAGAAGAGAAGCAACUGAAGGAUGAACAGGAGAAGGAGAGAGAGGACAAGGAUCAGAUGAAUGAUGCAAAUCCCUUUUUUGAACCUGAACCCCCUGGGAUGGUCCCUGGAGUAUGUGUUCAAGACCUGGUUAAAGUCUAUCCAAAUUGUUACAAGCCAGCGGUGGACAGGAUGAACAUCACCUUUUAUGAAGGCCAAAUUACUGCUUUCCUAGGGCAUAACGGAGCUGGGAAAACAACAGUACUGUCUAUAAUAACGGGAUUAUUCCCGCCUACAUCUGGUACAGUGUGGGUACGCGGCAGAGAUAUUCAGACUCAUAUCGAUUCCAUCAGACAAAGUCUUGGCAUGUGCCCCCAGCACAAUAUUCUUUUUCAUCGCUUAACCGUUGAAGAACACAUUCUGUUUUACGCUCAACUAAAAGGCAAAUCCAAAAGACAAGCUGAAAGGGAAAUGGAAGUAAUGUUGGAAGAUAUUGGGAUUUCUCACAAAAGAAAUGAGGAGUGUCAGAACUUGUCAGGUGGAAUGCAAAGAAAACUAUCUGUUGCUAUGGCAUUUGUUGGCGAAUCUAAAGUAGUGGUUUUGGAUGAACCCACCUCAGGUGUAGACCCUUAUUCUAGACGAUCUAUUUGGGAUUUGCUAUUGAAAUACAGAUCAGGCAGGACCAUUAUUCUCUCUACUCAUCAUAUGGAUGAAGCCGAUCUCCUGGGGGAUAGAAUUGCAAUAAUUUCUCAAGGAAAGCUUUACUGCAGCGGCACACCCUUAUUCCUGAAGAACUGUUUUGGAACAGGCUUCUACUUAACUCUGGUCAGGAGAAUGAGAAAGGUUAAAGAUGCAGUGAAGAAAGAUUCUGCUUCCUGUCGAUCUGACUGUUCCUGUCCGUGUCCAAGUUGUGCUCCUAAAGUGAAAGAAGAACCUCUGGAGCAAGAGUUAGAUGGUGAUGUGGCUGGUUUGACUGAGUUAAUUCAUCAUCAUGUUUCUGAGGCAAAGCUCAUAGAAAGUAUCGGGCAGGAAUUAGUUUAUCUACUACCUGGCAAAGAUUUCAAAUACAGAGCCUAUGCUAGUCUAUUCAGAGAACUGGAGGAGACUAUGGGGGACCUGGGACUAAGCAGUUUUGGAAUCUCCGAUACACCAUUGGAGGAGAUCUUCUUGAAAGUUACAGCUGAUUCUGUGACUGGAACAGAAACGCCAGAUGAACCAACAUGUUUGAGAAAAGAGUCUCAGAGAUGUACAGCUGAAAAUGCUGCACCUGAUGCCUGCAAUGAUCCACCUGGUCCUACAGAAACUCAAGGCAAAGGAUCCAGGCAGAUAAAAGGCAGCGAUCUUCUGUACCAGCAAUUUAAAGCACUUCUUAUUAAACGUUACCAACAUGCAACUCGUAGCCAUAAAGACUUUCUUGCCCAGAUCGUGCUUCCUGCCAGUUUUGUGCUCCUGGCCCUAAUCUUUACUCUCAUUGUUCCUCCUUUUGGGGAAUACCCCAGCCUAACACUUCAUCCAUGGAUCUACGGACAACAGUAUAUUUUCUUCAGUAAUGAGCAGCCGGGCAGUGAGCAGGUGGUGCCCAUAUCGAAUGCAUUCCUGAAUAGUCCGGGCUUCGGGAUUCGAUGUAUGAAGGAUAUGUCCUUGGGGUAAUUCCCCUGUGUAAACACAUCGAGUGAGUGGAUCAUCCCUACCGUGUCUCCAAGUGUAACCAACAUACUAUUAGCUCAUGAGUGGACCCCUGUUAAUCCAUCGCCAUCCUGUGUGUGUAGUACAAAAAAUAAGCUGAUAAUGCUGCCGGAAUGUCCAGAGGGGGCUGGGGGCCGACCACCGCCACAGAGGAUCCAACCGAGCUCCGAGAUUCUCCAGGACCUCACAGAGCGAAAUAUUUCAGAUUAUCUCAUCAAGACAUACCCCACUCUGAUAAGAAGCAGUAUGAAGACCAAAUAUUGGGUCAAUGAGCAAAGAUAUGGAGGUAUUUCUGUUGGAGCAAAGCUUCCUGUUCUUGAUGUACAAGAAGAAACCAUUACAGAAUUUUUCAGUAUUCUGGGUCAAAUGACCAAUGUAUCUGCAGGCCCUGUUACCAGGACCAUAUCUCGAGAACUGCAAACUUUCCUAAAGAACUUUGAGACAGAGAACAACAUCAAGGUUUGGUUUAACAACAAAGGCUGGCAUGCUAUGGUGAUCUUCAUCAAUGUCGCCAAUAACGCCAUUCUCCGAGCGAACCUAGGAGAAGAUAAAGACCCUGAAGAGUAUGGCAUAACUACAAUGAACCAUCCACUCAAUCUCACCAAGGAUCAGCUAUCAGAGGUCACUGUACUGACUACUUCGGUGGAUGUGGUGGUAGCGAUUUGUGUGAUAUUUGCCAUGUCUUUCAUCCCAGCAAGCUUUGUGCUGUAUUUGAUUCAAGAAAGGGUCUCAAAUGCCAAGCACCUUCAGUUUGUCAGCGGGGUGACACCAGCAGUUUACUGGCUGACAAAUUUCACUUGGGAUAUAGCAAACUAUGCUAUAAGCGUGGUCAUGGUGGUGUUAAUAUUUAUUGUGUUUGAAAAGAAAGCGUAUACGUCCGCCACUAACCUACCAGCACUCAUAGCUCUGCUCUUCUUCUAUGGAUGGGCUGUAAUCCCAAUGAUGUAUCCUGCAUCGUAUCUUUUCCAUGUGCCAAGCACAGCCUAUGUUGCUUUAUCUUGUAUGAAUCUGUUCAUUGGCAUAAAUAGCAGUGCCAUUACCUUCAUUCUGGAUCUUUUUGAGAAUAAUAGGUCUUUGUUAAAGUUCAAUGAGAAGCUGAAGGAUAUGCUCUUAAUCUUCCCUCACUUCUGUCUGGGACGAGGACUCAUUGAUUUGGCAAUGAAUCAAGCUGUGACCGACGUGUAUGCCCGCUUUGGUGAGGAACAUGUCACAAACCCUUUCCAAUGGGAGUUCCUGGGAAGAAAUAUCUUUGCAAUGGCAGUUGAAGGAGUUGUAUAUUUUGGCCUGAAUCUCCUUAUUCAAAACCGUUUCUUUCUCAGCACUUGGUUUGCAGAACCUCCGAAAGAUCACAUUGAAGGAGAGGAUGAAGAUGUUGCUCAUGAGAGACAGAGAGUGCUGAAAGGUGGAGGGAAGAAUGAUAUCUUACGACUAAAGGAAUUGACAAAGACUUAUGCUGGCAAACAUAGCCCUGCUGUGGACAAACUCUGCAUCGGUGUACGGCCUGGAGAGUGUUUUGGUCUUCUGGGUGUGAACGGGGCUGGAAAGACCACUACAUUCAAGAUGCUGACUGGAGACAUUGAGGUGACAUCAGGAGAUGCUACAGUGGCUGGAUACAGCAUACUGAGUAACAUAGCUGAUGUGCACCAGAACAUGGGCUACUGUCCGCAGUUUGAUGCCAUUGAUGAGCUAUUGACUGGCCGGGAGCAUCUGCAGCUAUAUGCCCGUUUAAGAGGAGUCCCCGAAGAAGAAGUGGAUAUGGUUGCAGAAUGGGGGAUCGAAAAAUUGGGCCUUAAAAGAUAUGCAGACCAAUCAGCAGGCACUUACAGUGGUGGAAACAAGCGCAAGCUAUCAACUGCAAUUGCUCUUAUUGGAUGCCCUCCGGUGGUGUUGUUGGAUGAGCCGACUACAGGCAUGGAUCCUCAGUCACGUCGCUUCCUAUGGAAUUCUAUUGUCAGUAUUAUCAAGGAAGGCCGAGCAGUGGUACUGACCUCUCACAGUAUGGAGGAAUGUGAAGCUCUCUGUACUCGUCUCGCCAUAAUGGUCAAGGGAACGUUUAAAUGUCUUGGAACCAUUCAGCAUUUAAAAUAUAAAUUUGGAGAUGGUUAUAUUGUCACCAUGAAGAUCAGAGCUCAGAAACCUGGAUCAGCCCCUGAUCCAGGACCAGCAGAGAAGUUCAUACAGACAAACUUUCCUGGCAGCUUACAGCGAGAGAAACACUACAACAUGUUACAGUAUCAGAUCUCCUCCUCGUCCCUAGCCAGGAUAUUCCAACUUCUGAUCUCCAACAAACAAAGCCUCAACAUUGAGGAAUACUCUGUGUCCCAGACUACGUUAGACCAGGUAUUUGUAAACUUCGCUAAACAGCAGACAGAUGAUGAGGAUAUUCAUCUACAUCCUCGAGCUGCCGGAGCCACACGGGAAGUCAGAGUUGCACCUGCUCCACCACCGAAGGCAUGAGAAAUUUGCAGUAAGCAUCAGGGUAUAAGAUAAGAUGGUGGUGGUGCUUUUUCUGAAUGUGGGGUGAAGACUUUGUCUACACAUUGUUCAUCUGCUCACGCAGAGCCUGUAACAGUCUAAUGAAGUUUUAGAACAGUGUCUGGCACCCUCCAGCAGUGAGGCAUCCCAAAUACAUUCUGGUCCCCUUCAGCUGCUGCGUUCUCCUUUGUAGAGUGAAAUUCUUGGCACCUAGGUGCAGAGUGGACCAAUUAAAAAAAUAACUAAAAAACACAGAGGGCAGGAGGGCAAUCAUAGCAACCAAUGUUAAUCAAAGAUAGUGUUUUGUAAAAAAAAAAAAAAAGGCAAAGUCCUCUAACGACCCCGACUCUCACUGCACCAAAACCUGUGACUGCCACUAAUAAUUCACUGUGUGUAUUGACCUUAUUAAAGCAGAACAUGAAUAGAUAUGCUUGUCCAUUUUCAUAUGCUUAUUAACAAAUAAAGAUUAGUGACUUGAAUCUACCGUCUUUGGCUUAUCAUC